CAUGCUCAACCCGGGGCCCUUCGGAAGGGACGCUGCCCCUCAGCUUUCGGAAGCGGAGCCGGCGUGAUGGGCGCCAUGGUGACGCGCAAGUUGGGCAAGAUCAACGUGGAAGCCCGAGCGCACCGGGAGAUCGGCAAAGCCAAGCCGGUGCCCGCCCCGCGCCACCCGAAAAUGGACAAGGAAGACCUAUCUGCUGAAUUCCAAGAAGAGGUUACGAAAAAAGAUGAUCGCCUUCACACUUUAUUAAAAGAUAUUUAUGUUGAUUCCAGCGAUCCACUUAAGCAUGUGGACAAAGGAGAAAGCAUCCCAGCUAAGUGGAAAGAAUACAGAACAACCAGAGUAGGCCAUCUGAGUCAGCUGGAUGUUCACACUGUUCCAAAAGGAACAAUCUCUAUCAUCGAAGCCUUGACCCUUCUUCGUAACCAUCAAGAGUCUCCAAAGAUAUGGACAGUGGGGAGAAUAGCAGAGGAAUACUCUUUAGAAUUGAAAGACGUGACUGCUCUUGUAACAUACUUCUCCCCUUUUUCUGUGACAGUCUCUCCUCCUAAAGACAGAAAAGCCCUGAGAUCUCCAUAAAGAUUUCUGUCAAAUAUUGCUUGACUUUCCCAGUGUCUUUUAUAAACUAUGCAUCAAAUUCUUUGUCUCCUGCCAAAUAGUUUUAAUUGGAGUCGUGUCUGCAUUUUAUCUCCUGCCUUUGUGUUUCCAGCCUAUUCAAAAUGUGCUGUUACGAAGUGAGAGACAAAUCUUUGCUGAAACAUGUGAAGGCGUCCUCAAAUAGAGGACGAUUGGUGCCACCCAAUUGUGUUAGACUACAACUCCCACAAUCCUCUAGGCAGUGUAGCUGGAAUUUGUAGUCUAACACAACAAGAAGGCUGUUCCAGGUUUUCUAAAGCUUGUUGGCUGCCUAAAGGUUGUUUAUUUGGUACUCAGAACCCAGACAAUAAAAAUCAAUGAUCACAAGACACAAACUUUUCUUGUCUGAGCUCUGCAGAAGCUCUUGCUGUAACAGUAUUGUGUAAAUUGUUUUAAUUAAAGCCAAGCAGAGGUGUGUUGUGUUGUCAUCAGAAAAAUCAGAAAGCAUGUAUUUGUGCAUACUGUGCCUGCAUCUGAUUAGAAAAUAGCAAAAAAAAAGUGGGGAAAAUAAAGUUUGAGAUAGGCAUUCUUUUAAUUUUCUACAGAUGUUGGAGGCAUAUGAUACCUGAGUCAAAUAUAAUUUUGCUAUGCUUUAGCAGCUCACUGAUUGUAAUCUUGGUUAUCAAAACCCUUGAGAGUGGUUGCUAUGUUUCUCUUCGGUUCAUGCCUUUGGUGGCUCGCAUUAUUCCCAUGAAGAGCUAAUUCUGCUUCUGCACUGUCUCAAGUUCUGAGUCUAAUAACUAACGGGAAGUAUUUAUUCAUAUGUCGUUGUUCUGCUGUUCGUUCCAGUACGCUUGACUUAUAUUACUUUGUAUAGCUUUAGGAUACAUGCAGACCAAUUCUUACUGGGCUGGAGGUGAAUCCAAAGGUAAACAAAAGAUAGUUUUCCCAGGCUAAAGGAUGGAGGAGCAGUGGGUGAAUGUUUUCUUCCUGUAGUUUUUGUAAACAGGGCUGAAAUGUUUUCCUUCUGUAGUUGCAAUGGGAAGAAAAUCAUGUCUGCCAGCUCCAAAGCUGAUGUUCAUUUUCCCCCAUUCAAAAGGAGAGAAGAAGUCAGUGAAAUGAAAGGCUUUUAGGAUCCUGUGGAUUCGGCUUUUCCCAUCCUCCUCUCCUAACACACUCAGAGAAUGUUCCCCUUUUGUCUGUAGUGAUGUUGGGGAAGGCACUCAUUCUCAUAGCAGAAAAUCCUGCGGCCCCUGAGACAACCUCAUAGAGACCAUACAGUUGCAGCCAAACAGUACUUAUUUUCCACCACAAAAUGGGUGCCCAGAAUAAAAUGACUAAUCGUCAUUUAUGGGCGCAUGUUUUCUGUACAAUGGAAACAUGUACCCUUCCAGAGGGAGCUGAGAGUUCUAGUCCAGUCACAGAAGUUGGGCCGCACUUUGCUCACUGCUGCUUUAGAUGGUUCAGAUGCAGAGAAAGAUGGGGGUCUCGUACUUUUCAAGAAUUGCUCAGCAGGAUAUCUUGCAGAAGGUACAACUAUUUAUGCACACGGGUGAGAAAGCCUACUUCUACUUUGCAGAACUGUAAAGGAACAGGAUCACCUCAUCAGCUUUGUUUAUAAACAGUUGUUAAAUGUAUUAAGGAGCCAUCAUAAACAUAUCAGGGAAGGAAGAGAUACAGAAAUUGCUUAAACCCAAAAAUCUCAGUUGAAAACUAGGUUUUAGCAACAGGUAAAACCCUCUAUGACAAAAAAGAUUAAGUUGGAAUCAUGUGCACAACAUGCAUUCCUUGACUGGAAACCUACCACAGACUAGUGCUGGGUUUUGUGUCACUGAAUAUGAUGAUUCACAUAUAUUGUAUGUCAUUUUUCUGUACUCUACUAUUGUGCACUUGCCUUACAGACAGGUGAAAAUGUGAACUGACUAUUAAAAAGCCUGUGUACAUCUUUAGUGGCUUAUUCAAACAUGUCUGUCAUUCAUUGCUGGAAAUUUAUAUGUUAACUGGGUCCAGGAGAGAAACAAAAUAGAUUCUUGGGAUUGCGGCUGUUAUAUGAUGUUUGCUUUAUAUAGGGUAAAUAAAAUAAUUCAAGUCUUA